CCGCCUCCACUUCCUUCAUCUGCCGCGCCCGGCGCCGGUCCGGAGGCGGUCACUUCCGCCGGGGCGUGCACACUGAAUCCGGGUCAGCUGCUACCGCCGGGACUGCAGCUGAGACCGUCUGGGAAAAGCUGGGCCCCGUCUCCACAGCCGUCCAAGGGCAGCGGGCUCUGCCCGGCGCUGCUUUCUGCGACCUGGCCGUCAGCCCCACGUCGCCGGCCUGGAGGGGCAAAGAGGACGAGGGGGCCGCGGCUUCCUCCGGGGACCUUGGCUGCCUGGAUUGCCAGGAGCUGGAAGUUGACAUUGAGUCUAGGCUGAGGAUGGAAGGUGUGGAGCUGAAGGAAGAGUGGCAGGAUGAAGAUUUUCCAAUACCUUUACCAGAAGAUGACAGCAUUGAAGCAGAUAUACUAGAUGUAACUGGUCCAGACAGACAGCCUGGCUCAUUAGAAGUUAAUGGAAACAAAGUACGGAAGAAACUAAAGGCCCCAGACAUCAGCCUGACCCUGGACCCUGGUGAAGGCUCUCUGUGGUCAGAUGAUUUGGAUGAGGGUGGAGAAGUUGACCUGGAAGGCUUAGACACCCCAUCAGAGAACAGUGAUGAGUUUGAGUGGGAAGAUGAUCUUCCCAAACCCAAAACUACUGAGGUCAUUAGGAAAGGCUCAGUUACUGAGUACACAGCCACCGAGGAGAAGGACGAUGGACGCCGCUGGCGCAUGUUCAGGAUCGGAGAGCAGGACCACAGAGUGGACAUGAAGGCCAUCGAACCCUACAAAAAAGUCAUUAGCCAUGGAGGCUAUUAUGGGGAUGGCUUAAACGCCAUUGUUGUAUUUGCUGUCUGUUUCAUGCCUGAGAGUAGUCAGCCUAACUAUAGAUAUUUGAUGGACAAUCUCUUUAAAUAUGUCAUUGGCACUUUAGAGCUAUUGGUAGCAGAGAACUACAUGAUCAUCUAUUUAAACGGUGCAACAACUCGAAGGAAAAUGCCCAGUCUGGGAUGGCUCAGGAGAUGCUACCAGCAAAUUGAUAGACGAUUAAGGAAAAACCUAAAGUCUCUAAUCAUUGUGCACCCAUCUUGGUUUAUCCGAACACUUCUGGCCGUUACAAGACCAUUUAUCAGUUCAAAAUUCAGUCAGAAAAUUAGAUACGUCUUUCAUCUGGCAGAGCUGGCAGAGCUUGUUCCCAUGGAGUAUGUCGGCAUCCCAGAGUGCAUCAAACAGUAUGAAGAAGAAAAGUUUAAAAAGAGACAAAAAAGAGUUGAUCAAGAGCUUAAUGGAAAACAAGAACCACCAAAAAGUGAGCAGUAAGUUCCCGCCCAGCCCAGAUGAGACAGAGAGCACCGGGGAGGCGGGGCUAUAGUGCAUUCUAGUGCACUCAUGGCUCAAGUGUUUAUGUAAUCUGUUACAAAAUUUACUUGACUUCUUUCCAAAAGGACUCUUGUACAAGGGACUGUUCACUGCUGUCAUGGUUUGCAACUCUUGAAUUUAGCUCUUUAAUGACUAAUUAUAUUGUAAUCAUUUUAUAUUGCUAAAUAGCAAAGAGCUACACUUUAUAUAAAGCAAUUUUUGCAUUUGUUUAUUUGAAUGAUGUAUCUUCAGUAAAGUAUUUAUAUAAAUAAACAGCAAAGGAAAGAAUAAUAUAUAUUUUUUAUGUUGGCAGCAAUAAUUUUUAGUGUGUAAGUAUCUCAUGAAUAUAUACAAGUAAAUAAGACCACAAUUUUAAAUGUAAAGUUCAUGUAAGACUUUGUUUUUGUAAAUGGUUGGAUACAUUUCCUGGGUAACUUAGGCUGAACUGUCCUAAAGCAGGGACAGGUAAACUGAUGCCGAGAAGUACCUAAGGUCAUGCAUGUGGUCUAGACAGUAGUAGCAGCCUGAGCUCCUCCUCACCUGAAAGCACAUUGUUUCUUAAUGUGGUGGGAGCGCGGGUGGGUGAAUGACUUGCUCUCCCUCCCUAAGGACGUGUUAGAACCACAACUAGAGAUUUUGAAAAGCUAGUGGUUAGGGUUUAUAUAUUUGUAUAUAAGGGACAUUUUACUUAACCCAAAAUCAGAACUGUUUUGAAAAGAAAGAAAGAAAGCUCUUAAGAUGUGCUCAGUAAUGUGAUAUGAGUUGUGUGUGAAGCUGUGAGGUGUUGCAGAGGCUUUGAUGAGAUUUCACAAUCAGCUGCAGCUGUAGAGCAGAUGGAGCGCUAUUGCGAUGCUCUCACAGUGGGGCACUGCACCCAGUACUUCUGUCGGCUAUUUGACCAAAGUGGAAUUUGGCCUAAGCAGAUGGGUAUUCACGUUGCUGUACAUGGGUCAGUUCUCUAAGGAUUGAAGUGCUGCCGCUGUGCACUCAGGAUGACAUUUGUGCCUCCACACAGGGUCUAAUCACCUUCAAAAUCAUUCUAAAACAACGAAUUUGUCUAGUCUUGUGUCGUGGGCUUGCCUGGUGUAUACAUAUUUAGUGCGAAUCAGCUUCACGACACCCAGCCCUUCCUGUAAGCUGUUUACAGAAGUGAUCUAGCAAAACACUGAAGCAGGUGUGAACUAAGCUUAGGUUAUUUUCUCCCACACUUAACACAUGACCUUCACCACUGUCAGUUUUUAGGGUUAAGCUUCUAUUGCAAAAGGGAAUUUUUCUUUACUUCUUUGUCCUUCUCGGGUGUAUAUUUGACCUCAGGUUAAAACCAGUUAUGGUCAAGCUGGAGAACUUCCUGGGUAAAACAUUUCUCCACAACCUCUCAGCCUAGAUCCAUCACUAGGGUUGUUGCAGUACAUUGAGCCAAAACCAUUUUACUUGUGUUGGUGAAGGAAACUUUGAGAAUAACUGUAUAGCACCAGGCGUGGUGGCAUCUGUCUUUAAUCCCAAAAUUUAGGAGGCACGGGCUGACAGAGCUCUGUGCAAGUCAGCCUGGCCUGCAUAGCUGCACAGAUACCCUUCUGAACUCACCCAGGAGUUAGGAGGAGCUUGUAGGAUGCCUUAUGGAGCCUCUCGCCUGUCUCUGUCUCAGAACGGACUGAGCUUUGUCUUUGGUUUUCUUUUACAUUAAGUACUGAGGUUACCAGUUUCAAAGUACAGACAAUAGCUUCAGCUUUUUACUGUGUUUUACUUCUUGCAGAAAUGGUUAGUUUUGGGUAUUUUUUUUUUUUUUUUUUUUUUUCUAUUUUGGCUUUUUUGUUUUGUAAAUUUUUAAAAAGUAGAGGUAGCCAAUAUUCAGUUAGAACAUGGAGAGCUAGCUCAGCAUUUGUAAGAACACUUCCAAGUUUAAUUCCCAGCACUGAUGGCAGGCAUCUGCACAUACA